CGAGUCGGCCAGCAUGGCGGCGCCCAUGGAGCCGUGCUGAGGGAGGCGAAGGACAGGGCGGGCGACCGACCGGUCUCUAUUUCGGGCUUUAUUCCCCCGAUGCCGCGGCCUGCCCUGGGCUCCCGCAGGAAUAUUUUUCCAGCACCUUCAAGAAAAAAGCCAUGCAGCAAGUGCCACUCAAGUUUGCAUGUUUCUUUAGAGUCACCAAAGAAAGAGGAGUUACAUUUCAGCAGUUAAUCUUCCUCAAGCGAAUGUAUGUAGCACGGCAAAACAAAGCACUGUGUCAGCGAACAAAGCUGAAGCCAGAAUCAACUGCACCUCCUUUUCUUGAAGGACAGCAUUCAGAUCAGGAAAAAGCAGUUGUCCAUGAGGUGAAAUCGGUUGCACCUCUUCUGCCACGUUUGUCUGAGAAACCAGCAACAAAUGAGUCUGAAUCCUUUAAGGCCAUGGCAAUCAGCGAUGACACAGAAUCUGUAGUAGGAUCUGCAUCAAAGGAAGAAAAGCAGUGGAAAGAGAUGAAGCUGCAGCUGGAUAAUUUACCAGGGAUUUUGGCUCGUUUGUCCAAAAUUAAACUUACAGCCUUGGUUGUAAGUACUGCCUCAGCUGGAUUUGCAAUGGCACCAGUGCCGUUUGACCUAUCCUGUUUCCUGCUUGCUUCCCUGGGAACGGGAUUGUCAUCUUGUGCCGCUAAUUCCAUUAACCAGUUCUUUGAGGUUCCAUUUGAUUCAAAUAUGAAUAGGACAAAAAACAGACCCCUGGUGCGCGGACAGAUCAGCCCUCUGCUUGCUGUUUCCUUUGCUGUGGCUUGUGCAGUUCCAGGAAUAGCCCUGCUGACCCUUGGAGUAAAUCCUCUUACUGGAGCCCUAGGAGCCUUCAACAUUGUCCUGUACACAUGCUGUUACACACCCUUGAAAAGAAUGAGCAUUGUCAAUACGUGGGUAGGUGCCGUGGUUGGUGCCAUUCCCCCAGUCAUGGGCUGGACAGCGGCAACUGGGAGUCUGGACGCAGGAGCUUUGCUGCUGGGAGGUAUUCUCUACUCAUGGCAGUUUCCUCAUUUCAAUGCACUGAGCUGGGGCCUCCGUGAAGACUACUCCCGAGGUGGCUACUGCAUGAUGUCUGUCACUCACCCAGCAAUGUGCAGGCGGCUGGCUGUCCGUCACUGCCUCGCCUUGAUUGGACUUUCAUCACUGGCACCUGUCCUUGAUGUCACCACGUGGAAUUUCCCGUUAAUUUCUCUCCCAAUCAACCUGUACUUUUCCUACCUUGGCUUUCAAUUCUACAGGCGUGCUGACCGUGCCAGCUCCCGGAAGUUGUUUUUUUGCAGCCUCUGGCACUUGCCAUUGCUCCUCUUGCUCAUGCUAACAUGCAAGAAAUCUUGGUAUGAAAAGGGGAACAAAAAGGAAUCCAUGAACUGAGAUUAUGUGAAAAAUUAAUGCCUUUGUGAUACCUAUGCUCCCUUUUAAAAUGAUAUAUUUCCAUUAUACAGGCUGGGCAGGGUUGUGUCAAUCUGUUCAAAGUUCUUUUGUGGGUGUCCAGUGAACAAGCCUGAUCAUUUUCAAAUUAAAUUAUUUUAUUUUGGACACUUA